ACAGCCAUGGCUACGACGACGACAACGACGGUGACGGAAAAGAGCAAUUGGCGAGAGAAUAAAGCCUUGGUAUGGAUCUGGACGGGAGUCGAGUUUGUGGCGGCGCAGUGGCUGCUCAUUGGAUUUGGCGUGGCGUGCGUGUUGGGAUGCUUCUUCCCGCACGUCGCCGAGCAUGGAGGCGUCAUUCGAUCAGAGUAUAGCGUCUUAUACGGCGCGGUGGCACUCAUCUUCCUCAUCAACGGACUGCAGCUCCCUCCCGAGAAGCUCAAGCAGAAUCUGACGAACUGGCGGCUACACGUCAUGGUCCAAGGAUGUAGCUUCGUGAUCAUCCCCGUCAUCAUGCUCAUCUUCAUCCACAUCUGCCUCGCAGCAGGCGCCCUCCGCCACGGCACGCCCUCGACCCCCGUCAUCCUCGGCAUGCUCGCCACGGCCUGCCUCCCGACGACAAUCGCCUCCAACGUCGUCAUGACGCGCUCCGCCGGCGGCGACGAGGCCGCCGCCGUCAUCUCCGUCGUCAUCGGCAACACGGCCGGCUCCUUCCUCACGCCCAUCCUCAUCUACGGCUUCAUCCCGCGCGGCGCCGCCUUCGACGACUGGCGGCCCGCGGACCCGAGCACCCUGGGCGACAUGUACGCCAACGUCGCCAAGCAGCUGGGGCUGAGCGUGCUGUUGCCGCUGGCGGUCGGUCAGGGGGUGAGGUGGUGGAGGGGGGAUGUUGUUGCCAAGGUGUUGCGGGUGACGAUGUUGGGGAAGCUGCCGACGGUUUGUCUGAUACUGCUCGUAUGGACCACCUUUUCUGGCGCAUUCGGCACUGGCGCCCUUUAUAAGCUGUCCAAGGCAGAUGUCAUCUUCAACGUCUUCAUCAACAUUGGCCUCUACAUCAUCUUCACCCUCAUCUGCUUCUACCUCGCCCGUCCGCCUGCAUUUCUUGCAAAAGCUAUCAACCCGCACGUCAAUGGGUCUCGUCUGCCUGAGCGUCUAAAACGUAUCGUCUCCGUAAAGAAAAUGUCCAAGGAGCAGACCAUUGCCGUGUGCUUCUGCGGCGCCGCCAAGACGACGAGCUUGGGAAUUCCCUUGGUGACGGCCAUGUGGACUCAGGCGGAUGAUUUGACGAGGGCUUUUAUUACAAUUCCUGUGUUGCUUUAUACGAUUGAGCAGGUCUUCAUGGCGCAAGGGCUGGUCUACUUCUUUAGGUGGUACUUGCGGAGGGAUAGAAAAUCUGAUCGCGGUGGUACGGAACAAGUAGUUGGUGUAGAGCAGCCUGUAUCAACCCACCGAGGAGAUCAUGAAAGUGACGUUACGGCUCAUGACAAUGAUGAUGAAGAGGUGGGACAAGUCUCGGCGGUGAGAGCUGAAGAAAAGGGGGCUAUCAAGAGCGGAUAGAGGGGAGAGG